AUGAGCUAUGAUGGAUGCUUUGCGGAGUGCAUGAAACCGACAGUCAAAGGAGAUUUUAAGGUGCUUGACCAGCAUUCCUCUUGGUCAUCUGCACAGGUACCGAGUCAAUUUUCGUGCAGAACGACGAACUUGUCUUUUCAUCAAAUAGGAGGAGGGCUAACGGCUUCGCGAGACUCUGAGGCGCACUCUGAAAGAAUCUUUUCGGAGGACUCUGAACAUGGAAUCUCCUUGUUACCGGGUGGGUGCCGUGAGUCGUUUGGUGAGUAUGGGAACUUUGCGCUCACGGAAGGCCGAUUCCCAUUGCACCGUUUUGAAGAUGAGACGGACACCAUUACGCAGGGGGAGGGAACCAACGAAGGAAGGGAAUUGGGGUGCAAUUUACCACCUUCAGUUUCUCACUUUUGGCCUCCAUUCCCUCCCCCAAACUCAGAGAGCGCUGAGUUUGCUGAAACAGCCCCGCCGGCCGAAAGAGCAAACUAUUCCCAAUCUUUUCAUCAUACAGGAAUACGAUCAGAGUGUGUACUUGGAGGUAGCACCACGUCGCUACUGAACUUUUCCAGCCAUCACUCUGGUGAGGGAUGGUGGGCAACACGAAACAUUAACUCGCUGGAACGCCCAAAACACGAACAACAUCCAUUUGAACCAAGCCCUAUCGUAUCACCGUUUUUUGCUCCUGUACAGUUGCUAAAACUACGGGGUCAACGACCUGAGCUGGAUUGUUGCUCGGUUAACAGCAACAGUAACUGGGCGAGUGAUGUUGACAUUCCUCAGCGUGGUACACACGUGGAGAUGUCAGUAAAAUUGUCAGGAUCAGAGGUGGCGAGUGCGAGGGCCAUGAGUGGUCUCCGUCCAGAUUGGGAUCGGAGCAAGCGAGGGAUAACCGGGGAUUUAUUUUAUGACGAGGAACGGAGUGACUUCACGGAGCCUCCUCGAAAAGAACCUGAAGAGAGAAGGAUGCUACGACAGAAGUGUUUGAAUUCAGAUUCGUACUUUGCCACCCGCCGCGGAGUGCACAAGGUAUCCUUGGAGCGCGUUCGACGGCAGUUCAAACAGCACUUCAUAAAAUCCAAAUUCGAUUGA